AUGCUGCUCAGGAGGGUGGCGGCGGACGACGGCUCCGGCGCCGGCGCGGGCGUGGGCGCAGGGAGGCCGCGGCUCUUCGCCGUGCCCAGGCUGCUGGUCGGUCUCGGCGGGGCGCCCAGGUGCGGCGCCGCGCCGGAUUGCGACUCGCCGACGGCGGCGCGCAGCCCGACGUCGCCGCUCGACCUCAGGGCGCCCUUCGCCGCGCUCGGCGGCUCGUUGCUCCGCUCGCCGCGCUCGCCCGGGACCAGGAGCUGGGACUCGCACCGCCUCGGCCUCGGCGGCCUCGUCGACGACGACGCCCUCGCCGAACCCGCCGCGGCCUCCAACAACCGCCUGUUCGGGCCCCAGGCGCGGCAGCCGUUCAAGCUGCCGCAACGCCUCGCCAAGCCCCUCACCACCACCCAGCCGAGAGACUGCGCCCACGCGUCCCCGGAGCUGGGGAAUGUGGGGACCGCCGCCGCCGCCGCCGCCAGCUGCAAGCCGGUGCCGUGCAGCCGGUCCUACGGGGAUGUGAAGUCUGGUCCAGAGGUCACCGUGGCCGGCGGCGCUCCGCCCGGCGCGAGCAGCCACCAUGCCGAUCUUGGCAAGUUCCCCGCGCCGGGCUCCCUGCCGGCGUCCAUCGGCGCCCCGCGCCGGUACGUCGGGUCCGUGUCCGCGACGGAGGCGGAGCAGUCGGAGGACUACACCUGCAUCAUCGCGCACGGUCCGAACCCGAAGACCACUCGCAUCUUUGGGGACUGCAUCUUGGAGCCCUGCACUCUUGGUGAUGGCGUGGACGCCAUGGAAGUCAAGGAAGGAGCAGAGUCCUACUGGCUGGUCAAGUGCUUCGAUGACGGCGAGCCUGGCGAGGAGUUCUUGAGCUCCUGCGUCUCUUGCAAGAAGAAGCUGGAUGGCAGUGACUCCUGCAUUUAUCGUGGUGAGAAGGCAUUCUGCAGUAGGAACUGCAGGAAUCAGGAAGGCCUUACUGAAGAGGAAGAGAACAUCACAACAGCUGUGUCCUCCCUUAGCUUGGCUGGCCCAUCAUCUUCCUUCAACGAUGACAUAUUCAUCGCUGAGCUGGUUGUGCUGGCUGCCCCAGUUGACGUCCACUACCCCUGA